CUUGUACUGUGAAUGUCAUGGCUACUUUUUGGCGCGCGCUGUUGCUAGUGGUCGUAGAGGGAAAACUCAGAAAUCAGACCAGCUAAUGCUGAUGUCUCGAGAUUACUCUGCAACAUGCCCUCUGGCACAUUCUCUCCCGGCAGCGCGGCACUCACAUUCCGUGCGCGCAGCUGCGAAAGGACACCGCCACGACCGAUGCUACCGGUCUCGGUCAUCCUGCACUGCUGUGUAAACGUUCGUGCGCGCAUGACCGUCUUGCGGCCCCUCAUCCCUCCACCUCGUCUGGUCCGCGUCAUUUGUUGCGGCAAUGACCCGCUUUCUCCCUUGGCCGGCUCACGGGUGUUUCUUCACUGCCACUAUCCGGAUGUGUCUGCGCCACAGCUCGCUCUGCGGUGGCUGAUAGAGCCUGUGUGGCCCGGCGCCGCUAUUGGCUCGCUUAGCUGCGUGCGCGCGAAGUUAUUACGAUCGUUGCCCGCUUACGGCAUGAACAAUGGGACAACUCGGGGAGGACACGGCGACUUGCGCCUCAAGUCAUCUGGCGCUUGAUCAGAUUCACGUGACUUGUGUACGCGUCAUAACGGGAAAACUUGUCGGUCCCCCAACCCGCGGCACGCCACAGUGACGGGCCUGGAGUCUAGCCAGUGUGAAAUGUUGUUAUCGACGAGCAAGCGAGCACCCU